GACGCGGAGCCUGAACGGAGGUACGAAUAUGAAUGUCUGUUGAAUCUCGAAUAUGAAACUGAUUUCACCUCGGUAUACGCCCUACCUGCCAAGUGGUAAGGAAAUUCACCAUGGCAUCUUUAAGGAGUCUGGUUGAAGACGACAGCAGGUAUCAGAAAUCUUUUCAGCUGUUUCUGGAUCGCUCCUCCGAGCACCAGUGCAUGCAGGACUUUAUCCAUGGCGUACUCCCUGACAUACUGUCCAGCAUUGGAGAGGGUAAAAGACACCUGAAUGUCAUGGGAGUUGGGAGUGGGGCAGGUCAGAUUGACCUAGAGAUUUUCUCCCAGCUGCGUCUGAAGCACCCAGGGGUCAACGUCGAAAACGAGGUGGUGGAGCCCAGCGCCCAGCAACUGCACAACUACAAGGUACUUGUGUCAAAGACACCUAAAUUAGAUUAUAUCAACUUCACCUGGAAUAAGAUGACUGCCUUUGAGUUUGAGAAACACUGGAGGGAGAACAACAGGACAGAGAAGAUAGACUUUCUUCACAUGAUACAAAUGCUGUACUAUGUGAAGGAUCCUGGUGCCACCAUCUCCUUCUUCCACAGCCUCUUGAGCAAGAAUGGGAAACUUCUCAUAAUUCUUGUGUCAGGUACAAGUGGUUGGGGGAAGCUGUGGAGGACUUAUAGAGCACAGUUGUGUAACACUGAGAUCAGCCAAUGUGUGACUACGGCCGACAUCAAGAGCUUCCUGGACUCCAGAGGUCUCCGCUACCAAACCUAUGAGCUGCCCUCUCAGAUGGACAUCACAGAGUGCUUCACGGUGGGCGACGAGAAGGGAGAGCUGCUGCUGGAUUUCCUGACAGAGGUGUUGGACUUCAGCAGGACAGCUCCCCCCGAGCUGAGAGCCGGAGUGGUAGAUCUUCUGCAUCACCCUGACUGCAGCACCCAGUCAGACGGGAGGGUCCUGUUCAACAACAACCUAGAAGUGGUGGUUGUCGACCCUCUGACUUAAAUGUAGGAACUCCCUGCCUGCU